AAAACACGGUAUAAAUGCAAGAGCUCUUCUUCAUCAUCCAAAGUUUUUUUCACUUCCAGUGUUUCUUUAUCUUUAUCAGUUACUAGCUAUAAAAAUUUGUUUAAAAGGUAAGUAUCGCCUAAUUUGUAGCAUACCAAGAGUGUCUGAUUUGUAAACAGGUCCUUUCAGCCAGUGUUUAAUUAAUCAAUUCCCUCUCCCAUGCAGCAUACAAGUUAAAUGAUUUGGCACAUGCAAGAUUGGUUAAGGUGUUACAUGAUUAAGCCUCGUUACGAAAACAUCAUGAUGGUGUUUUUGUAUUUUCAGGAUGAAUAUAGGUGGAUACAAUUUAAUGUUGUCCAGAAGAUUAGUGAAGCUCUGGAAUAUUGUGGUGCAAAUCAUCUUGAUGCCUCUAUACCUUUUAAGAGUAUUUUUGAGCUUAAUUAUCUUUCAGAAUAUAAUUGAUGGGAAUGUUCUAGGCAAUACUUGCAAAGAAAGUACUAUAUUUAGUUUAAUAGUAAAAGUUGAUGAAUUCUGAUGAGAUUUGGUUGACAUUUCUGAUUUGUUGUCGGUGCUCAUUUCAUUAUCAAAAAGUGGUUCUUCGUCAUAUCAUGUGAAACAUCAGUAUCUACUUCAUUUCUCUUUCAUUUCUAUGCCUGAAUCCUAAGCACGGUUGGUUUGUUUGCAUAUAUCCCUAUUUUGAUGUAGCCAACUAAUUCUUUCAUCUUACUCGUUGGCCCAAAAGAAGAUCAUACUCCUGAGGCACAUCUAAGAUGAAGCUGAUGACACUCUACCAUCUUGUCAAUAAUUUGAUGGGUUUGAUGUUAGCUGGCCCAUCAUGUGCUGAAUGUUAUUAAAACAUCUAUUUGUUUACACUAUCAACUUCCAGCUUUUGUUUGAAUAUAGAUGUAUAAACAAUAGCAUACAAAUUUUGUGUUCCUGUGUAAGGUUCUGUACAGUAAUUGCUGAAGUUAGAAGUUCUAUCUCUUCCUCUAAAAGCUGUUAAAGAGGUAUGGGAGCAUUUUGCUGUUGUCCGUGUUCAGAGGAUUUCGAAGAAUAUGCCCAUCCAAGCAAUCCCAUGUAUAGGCACUGCAAAUGCUUAAGAUACUUCUUUCAUCAGCUGUUCGGUGGGGUAACGUUAUAAAAUCCCAGGUUUUGUUUACAUUUCAGGUUUUAUUAUACAUCAACUUCCCAUAAUUUUUAUUUUAGCUUUGUGCCAAUCAUAUUUUCCAUUUGGACCAUUUCUGAUUAUGGUGCACCUAUCUAAAUAUGAUGUCAUAUAUAGCUGACCUGCUGGUAGAAUCUACAGUCUCUUUGCGAUCAGUCCUAAAAGAAACCUGUGUUUAUGUGGGAAAUUCUUGUCUGUGAACAUGCUUGUGUGUUUUCCAUGUUGAUGUUUCUACUUCCCAUCCGUGGUGCCUUCUCUGAAUCAUUUUGACCCUUCAUUAAUUAUUGUCUCCAGCAUGAUAUGAAGGUCAAACACAGAUGAAUAACGAAGCAAAACAGUAUGGUCAAAGGGCUAAUUGCUAUUGACUGAUGGUGAACGAAUUAGUAACAUUUUGUCUACAGAUAAAUGUGACUCUUUCUCUCUAGGCAAAUUAUGAAUGCUGUGUUGAUGGACUAUAACUGCAUACUUUGUCAAUUAUGCAAUCUGAUAUAUUUGGAAUGCCAUUGCUAUUAUAUUAUAUUGGUCCACCCGGUUUGGCAUCAUCAGUAAAUGUCAGUAUAUGGGAGUACCACACUUUAUGAAUCCAUUUUCCAUGUCAAGCAGAUUAUAAGUUCUCCAUAGAGCUAUAUUCUGAAGUAUAGCGCAAUGUUUCGAAGAUUGGAGGUGCAGACAGUUGCUUCCCCUGUUCGAGCAGUAACUCCAUUGACAUCAACAGGCAUUGGAACCACUUCAGCUGACAGUUCAUUGUCUGAGACCUACCACCUUGUCCCUCAGCCUCCACCUUAUGAUACAGAUCCUAGAUUAUCUCAUUCCCAAUGUGAUGGGUUCGUCUUAAGGAGGGACAAGUCUACGAGCCACUUACAGGAAGAAUCACAGACCCGUCGAAGAAAAGGAAGUAGCUCUGCAGUGGAACAUUUAGGUUCCAUUAAAAAACGGAACAGUGUAGAAAAAGAGGAAGAAAAACCUAGCCAUUCUAAAUCAGAGAAAAAUCUAUAUGCAAAAGCUUAUAGUACUGGUUAUGUGAUAGCGAAUUCAGAGGAUGAAGAUGUUUGCCCUACAUGUCUUGAUGAGUAUACUCCUGAAAAUCCAAAAAUUGUGACAAAUUGCUCUCAUCAUUUUUAUCUGAGCUGUAUAUAUGAAUGGAUGGAAAGAAGUGAUAGUUGUCCAAUUUGUGGCAAGGCCCUGCUCUAUAAACGCCAGCCAUACCUCCAUAUCUCCCAGACCUUGGUAGAAGCUGGAAGAAGGCAUGGCAUGCACUAAACUCUCAGUUGUAAUGCUUCUCCUGCUAUCUGGUAUUUAUUUCAUUCCCUUGGUAGUAUGUGUAUUUAUGUGUGUGGACUAACUAUAAGCCUAGAAACUAACUCAUUUAUUCCCUUGGUAGUAUGU